UUCAAGGUCGUUAAAACGAAACGGUAGGCGGCUUUGAAAAGCUCUGACAUUUUUACCGUGCUCACGCCGUUUUUACCACGAGGUAACACUAAAAUCACACAGCCAAGUUACUUCUACUGAAAGCUACCAAGAGCUCCAAAGUGUUUUACUUUUCAAUGCAUUCUACUCAUCCCCUCCAUUCAUCAUACUCAAAUUUGUUGUUCAGACAGUGGCAAACUGCAAACUAUAAGGUCAGUGCCGAGAAUCUUGUGUAUCCAAUUUUCCUCAGGUAUAUUAUAUUGUUUUCUCAUUCAUUCAGCCAAGACCCAGAUUGUGAUAAAAUAAUUACUAGCCUAAUAGACCAACGUCGAAUAGGAUGCAACCGAAUCAUCGAGUUCUUAACACCUUUGGUGGCCAAGCAACUAAAAUCUGUAUUGUUGUUUGGGACAAUCAGUAAAGACCAAAAAGAUGCUACAGGAUCAGCUUGUGAUACACCAAAUUCAUCAGUCAUUCAGGCAAUCAAGUUGCUGAAGUCAAAAUUUCCGGAUUUAAUAGUGAUUUGUGAUGUCUGUUUGUGUGCAUACACUGACAGUGGUCAUUGUGGUAUUUUACGUGAUGACGGCUGCCUUGACGUACCUAGAACUCUUGAACGUUUAGCGGAAAUAUCUAAACGAUUUGCCCUAGAAGGAGCUGAUGUUAUUGCCCCUUCUGACAUGAUGGAUGGACGUGUGAAAAAAAUCAAAAUGGCUAUAGAGAGUAUCGGUCUCAGUGGGAAAGUAGCCGUUAUGUCUUAUUCAGCCAAAUUUGCAUCUUGUUUGUACGGUCCUUUCAGAGAUGCUGCUCAAUCUGCACCUUCUUUUGGAGACCGUCGGCAUUACCAGCUCCCUCCUGGUGCCAAAGGAUUGGCUCUACGUGCUGCUAUUCGCGAUGCGAACGAAGGAGCUGACUUCAUAAUGGUAAAACCUGGUCUUCCUUAUCUGGAUAUUGUGAAUGAGCUACGACAGUUGCUACCUCAUCAUCCUCUAGCAGUUUAUCAUGUUUCUGGUGAAUAUGCAAUGCUAAAACAUGCCGCAAAUGCUGGGGCUAUCGAUUUAAAGCAAGCCGCCUUAGAAUUGAUGACUGCAUUCCGUCGUGCCGGUGCAUCAAUUAUCAUAACAUAUUUAACACCGUACCUACUAGAACUUGAUUUAUCUGAAUCAUGUAAAUAGAGGUGGAUAUUUUUGAACUAACAACCUCAACAGUUUAGAUUGACUUAUUCGCUGAAAUAUGUUGGAGUAAUUGAUACUUUAUUUGUUUCAAAACCUUGUUUUACUGAUUUUCUCAUUCCAUUGUAGUAUCUUUUCUUUGUCUGUAAAAUCAUGUAUAUUCUCUAAGAAAAUAUCCCAUUCUUAUCUAUUAGCUUUACUUCUCAUCUUUCUGUAUCUGUGUUUAUUAUCCUAGUUUAUUAAUAAAUUACUAGUAUAGGAAUCUUGCGAAGGUUGUUCAUUUGUAGUAUACAUCACAGACUGUCGUUAAUUAAACAACCAUUGAAAACCUCAAAGCACUGGAUAUCCGUUUCACCCUAGUAUAUAGAUCUCCUCAACAGUACUCACAUAUGACACCGUCAGAUAUCUCGUAUUAAACGCUUAACCUUCAUAUAAUUGAUCUAGUAUUUUUGUCUUCGGUUUAUGUGUAACAAACAAAUGAAUUAAAACAACGAAAAAUGAGUCUGCAUAACGAACCACUGGAGGUAGACAAUAAGGACGAAGAGGUCGCGUCCAUUUAGCUUAUGACAAAAAUUGGAAUGAAGCAAAGGACAUUAGUUUCGAGGUAUUCAUAAAACCAAAAAUAAUGUGUUGAUAAGCAAAUAUAGCUUUUUCUACCCGUCAUCCAUCUUAUGCUUCUUUCUCGUAGCGCUUCUAGGCAGAAUAUCAUGUUCCGAAUGCGUGUUUUCUCAACAACUCGUGUAUUGCUUCAGCAUUUUCGUAUCUGCAUAGCACCCACAAGCGUCGAAAUUUUUGGAUACCUCAGGUCAGCACUAAAGACAAGUUAAUAAGGAUAUCGGUUGC